AUGUGCACCUAUGCAUUAUCACAACUCACCGAAGAAACCCUUGUGGUACUCGUGACGCUGCAUGAGGAGGGCGGUACGUCAAGAGAAUGGGAGAAAAUGCAGAUAGCCUUGACUCCCGAAGAGCGCGUUCACUUAAACUACAUAAAGUCAGAUGUGCACCGGGACCACCUGCCAAUCAUGAACGAAGCCACAAUUUGGGGGCGUGCAAUCUAUCCGCUGUUACGUUUGGCAGAACACGGACAUAUUCAGGCGUGGGCAGGUGUUCCACUCAAAGCCAGAUACCCUACAUUUGAAUUGGAAGGCGAAGCCGAUGGCGCACUCGCCCCUUCAGUCGGCGGCAGAAUUCAGCCCCCUUAUCUUGUUGUCCAUGAAGCAAAGCGCGGCAUCAAUGCACCUAACCCCCAAUUCCAACUCUAUGGCGAAAUGCUCGCCGCCGCAUGGCUCAAUUGGGAAACAGAUGCCAAGCCAGAACAACAAAUCUUUGGAUGUUACACUAUCACUGACGAUUGGACUUUCGUGCUCGGCACCGUUGCGGAUAUUGAAACCGAAAAACCGACCCUUCAUAUCAAAUUUUCGCCUCGCUACAACGGAACUGCGGAUGCCGAACACAUCGUCCAGAUUCUGAAGUCCAUCGUUUCUAAGCACGCAAACAUUAACACCUAA